AUGUCUUCUCUUGUGGAGGAUCGUCGCAGGUCUAGAAAAUCCGCUCCAGUCAAGAAUGCCGUUUUUUUAGGGGCUAUCAAUAAAGGGCGUUCGCGUAUCAGUCCGUUAGUGACUCAAAGUCCUGUAGAUAAAUUAAGUCAUAAUGACCGGGAAAAUGGUCGAAAGUUGGAAAUUUCGUCUCAAACAGUAAGAAAUAGCAGGUCAUCUACUCAGAAAGUCAGCCCAUCGACCCCUUUCCGCAUGUCUACGCCUGUUAGGAACUGUGAGACAACUCCUAGAUACAGAACCCGGCACCGAUCUAAAGAGGAAUGCAAUGACCACAACAGAUCACGAAGCAUUUUGUCCUCGAUUGGAAGUCGCAGAAAAUUCCAUCCAAACUACGACCCACUUAUUGAAAUCAGGCGCGCUCAGGAACGCCUCGACCGCUAUCGCACUCAAGGAGACUGGAAAGUCGAUAUGCUGUUGUCCGACGAUGCGGACGAAGAUCUGAGUCGAUAUGAAGAAAAACUGAAACGAAGAUUAACAGAAAAAGGGGAAACACAGCAACCUAUUGAACUUGAAAGGAGGCAAAUGGAAUUGUUGAGGAGGCAGAAGGACAUUGAUAUGGGAAAAGUGACAGAACGCUACGCUGAAUAUGUGUUGAGUAUCCCAAAACCUGAGCGCCAGAAGUAUCAUCCUCGUACUCCCAACAAGUUCCGUAAAGUUUCUCGCCGUGCAUGGGAUGGGAUGAUUCGGAAGUGGCGCAAACAUUUACAUAAUUUCGAUAAUCUUAACUUUGAAGAUACUUGGCGUUCCUUAUCAACUGAUCUCUCGAGUAAUUUUUCUGGUUCAUCAUGGGUUUUGGAAAGUGGUGCAUCUAGUGACACUGAAAAUAUAAACCCAGAGGAAUAUCAUAUUGCUUUAGUAAACCAUAGCCAACCUCUGUCUCGUACAUUUCUAAGUCCAAAGGAUCUUACAGCGUCACCAACUAUUAACGUUUCAUACAGCCGUCAUCAGUAUCGUAAGUACGAUGAAGAUGAAGAUACAUUACAAUCGAAUCCAAGACACUGUAAAGAAGAGGAACGUUUUCCAACUAUCGCACCUAAAGAGGAAGAGGAGGACACUUUGACUGGUUCGUCUAGCAUUCAUGAAAACCGAAGAAUAACGCGAAAUUCUAAAAUGCUUUCUGGGCCUUCUGCCGAUGUGUUACACAGUGGACUUACAAACGAUAUGCAAUCACUUGCUGCAGUUGCUCAAAAAAGGUCUUCAGUACAUCUCGAUCAAAGCAUUGUUGGUAAACGCCCAGUAGAUAUUCAAAGUUUCACUGACUUUCCUCAUUUGAAUUCGUCUGAUGGUGUUUUUUCUCCAAAUAAACGAAUUAAGCGUGGUGGUGUAAAACAUGAAGGAUGA